CGUUCUGCAGAAUCGACUAAGGACAGCUUCAGAAAGGCAGUGGAGCGGGCGAAGCAUGAGAUGGAUAGGCGGAGCGCUAUACAGAGUCUCGGCCAAUAAGCUCUCUCGCACUCAAACCACCUGCACACCUAACAGUAGACCAGGAGAGUGGUACAAUCCAUAUGUUUCUUCGACUGGUAAUCAGGGAAGAACAUCAGCCACACGUUACGUAGCCAGUCGUGCUGUGCAGAAGAGUUUAGCUAUAAUACGACAGGCCCGACAGAAGAAACAGAGGGCCAAGCAGUACUGCAUGUACUAUAACCGAUUCGGCAAGUGUAACCAUGGCGACGCUUGCCCCUACAUCCAUGACCCUGACAAAGUGGCCGUCUGCACCAGGUUUCUCCGAGGCACAUGCAAGCAGACAGAUGGGACUUGUCCUUUCUCGCAUAAAGUAGCCAAAGAGAAGUGUAAGAAGAAACACACGCUGGUGUGUCCAGACUUCUCCAGUACUGGUGUGUGUCCACGUGGAUCCAAAUGCAAGUUGCACCACAGACAGAGCUUGAAACGCUCCGGCUCUAACGCAAGCUUUGAACCAGCCAAUAAAGCCUGUACUAGAGACAUUUUAAAGAGUUCGGAGGAUGUUCAGACUCUUCAGACAGAGUCCAUACAGGCAGAUGAGGGCCCGUCCAGCUCGUGUCCUGAGAAGCUGCCUUCCUUCAUCUCCUUGUCCACCUCUCCUGACAUGUCAGAGAACCCUGAUACCCCAAAGCUCCCUCCUACUGCAGGCCCACAGGCCAAAGGAAAGACACUACAUAUCAAGCCACGAUUCUUAUCUACAACCCAGACAGAAAGCUUGUCAAAGGAGGGCUGAUGGUGGGUGUUUUAAUCGGUAAUACACCAUAAAACAUUUUUUUAAACUUAAUUUUUACUUUAAAAAUGAGAAAUUCUCCUAAACUUGUUACAAAAUGGUUUACAAAGACAUCUUUACUUGAGACGUCCACAGCUACUUUUUGGUGUGAAGUCAUAUGUUUGGGUUCAGGAAAUGCAAUUCUAAGAAUUGAUUAAACAUUUCUCAGAAUAUGUUCAUAUUACAGAACUGAAUGUAUGCAUUAUAAUCAAAUACUGUUCUGAAAAACUGCAGACGUUCACAUUCUUGAAGUUAGUUUCAAAAUAUACGGUAAGUGUAAUUCUCAGGGAUUUUUAAAAUGGCAUUUCUG